AGGUCCCUCCUUCCAGGGCCGGGCUCCUCCUCUGGUAGCCGGGCUGGGCUUCAGGUGGGGCCCCGGGUUGCACACAAAACAGGAGGAGGAGGAGGAAAAAGAAGGGAAAGAACAAGAGGAGGAGGAAGAGGAAUGACCCCAAUCCGGGUGAGUCCAAGUGCGCAAUAGGCACAGGUGUUGGGCCCCCCUAAAUGAAACAGCACCAACCCCUUCUUCUGAUGAUCUGGAUCCUUGAGGUGCUCCAUCACCCUUUGGGCUGACCACACCGCACUGGCCAACACCGCUGUAUUGGCGCAAGAGACGGCCGAGCCAUGGCGACGGCCCACCCCGCGACCCCCCUGCAGGACAUGACAUGGAGGGCUCCAACCCUCCGCAGCCCCCCACACUAGGUGUAUCCUGCCAGAAUAUGGGGCGGGAGGCGUGCUCCUUGGAGGGCGAAGGCUCGGCUGUCGGGGGUUUGCUCCUGCUUGCGCUGAAUGGGCACCGGGAGCCCAAGCGGCGCCGGCUGGACAAUGGCGACUCUGCGGGCGAAGGGGCGUCCAAGCGUCACCGGGGUCCCGAUCCUGUGGAGAGCCGUGUGCCUGUCCACCGGCUAGCCUUGGACUAUGUGGUGCCUUGUAUGAACUUUUAUGGGAUUUGCGUCAAGGACUCUUUUCUCGGGGAGGCUUUGGGGAGCCAGAUUUUAGCCGAAGUGGAGGGUCUCAACCGCAGUGGCAAGUUCCGCGAUGGGCAACUGGUGAGCCAGAAAACAGUGCCUUCCCGCAGCAUCCGGGGAGACCAGAUCGCUUGGGUAGAAGGCCAGGAGCCUGGCUGCCAAGCGAUUGGGACGCUCAUGGCGCGUAUCGACGAGCUCAUCAUGCAUUGCGCCGGCAAGCUGGGCGAGUACAAUAUUAAUGGCAGGACCAAGGCCAUGGUGGCAUGCUACCCUGGCAACGGCAUGGGUUAUGUGCGACACGUGGACAACCCUCACGGAGAUGGGCGCUGCGUCACAUGCAUUUAUUACCUAAACCGACAGUGGGAUAGUAAGGUCCAUGGCGGCAUCCUGCAAAUCUACCCGCAGGGCCGAGAGGUGGUGGCCAACAUCGAACCCAUCUUUGACCGGUUGCUCAUCUUCUGGUCUGACCGACGCAACCCGCAUGAAGUGAAGCCAGCCUAUGCUACAAGGUACGCCAUCACAGUCUGGUAUUUUGAUGCCAAGGAGCGGGCAGAAGCCAAAGGCAGACACCAGCUGGCUACUGCUCAGACGGGAGAACCUGCUCCAGCGACUCAAACCAACGGACCUACAUGACCAACAUCCGGGGAUACCGCUGAGAAUUGCACGCCAAAGAGCUGCCCCUUUCUUUGGCCAUUUCAAGCUGCCCGUUGCCGCUGCUGCUACCGCUGCUGCUGAAGUUGCUGCUGUCCUUUUCCAACCCUGGCCAGAGGCAGUCUGGCCCUAACCCAGGAGGAAGAAGAAGGGGAGGAGGAGGAGAAAGGGGUUCCUGGGGGAGAGGUGGGCCCUGAGGAGGAAGGGUGUGCACACCUGUGUUUGCGUGUGCUUAAGUUGCGUAGGCAACGUAGUCUCUAGGGAUGGCCUCUCCGUUAAGGCCUCUUUUGCAUUUCUUCCUAUGACCAAGAUGCCUCCAGUUUAUAAGGCGGCACCUUGGCCAUUUAAGGAUCUCCACCAUGCUCCGUUUCCCCCCUAUAAUACUGCUCUCUUUGCUUGAUUCCACUCACUUGAAUCCAUCUUGAGUCUUCAGAGAGCAGGGAAAGAAGGAGUGGGGCAGAGCAGGGCAAAAAUGGCUGUGGAGGGGCACUUUUAAACCAAGUUUGGAUGGAGUGGUGGGGAGAGUGAGAAGGUACCGUGGUUUGGACUCUGAGAUGGGAUGGAAUAAACAUUACCUCAUGAAAAAA